AAUUAUCUGGCACAAUUUUGGGAUGCGUUUAUGAUGACAAAGAAGUUGACACUGAGGCUUCGAAAAAUGACUCAGCCGCGACAGGCUCUAUCUGCAUUGUUGAAAAUCCACUUGGUGUUCAGCAUGUACAUUGUGAACAUUCACAAUGGAUAAUAAAACAAGAUAUCGUAGACAACCAAAAGCAUAUCCGUCGCAAAAGGGGUUGGUGGCGAAGAACUAUUAGAGCAGUAGGGAACUUCUUCAGAGGAGUCGCACAAGGAGCCGCACAAGGAGUCAUUUGUGUUGCCUCUUCUUUUACCAGCUGUACUUUUGGUAACAGGCAUCCAUCUGAUAGAACACCGCCUGGUAUGACUUGUGAGCCUCCAGUAAUAUAUGUAACGGCCGAACCAUUUUUGUAUGUUGCUAAAGCAACUUGGAAAGAACCAAUGGCUUCUGAUGAAACAGACGGAUCAAUAACACCACGGAGAAAAAGUGGGUAUCCACCAGGCAGCAAUUUUCCUGAGGGAUCAUCACGAGUUAAGUACGAAGCUAAAGACAGAAGCGGAAACCGAGCAGCAUGCCAUAUAGAUGUUAAUGUAAAGGUCGUACGUUGUGACACACCUAAGGACAUUCAGAAUGGUUAUUAUCAAUGCUACCCUGUGACUGAAUUUCUAAAUGGUGGCAGCUGCAGAUUCGGUUGUUACGAGGGAUUCGAUUUACAAGGUGGACAAGAAGUACUACACUGUCAGAAGAAUGGAAAAUGGUCAGGGCCACAACCCACAUGCAACCCUUGGAAGUGUCCUGCUCUUCCGAGCUUAGAGGGUGCAGGACGUCCAAAAUGCACAAAUGGGUCGAAUUUUCGUAGCAUAUGUUCUUAUAACUGUGGUUCAGGAUUUGAUAUGCCACCGAGAGUUAGCAAAGCUUUAGUUUGCGAUAAAACAAAGUCCUGGCGAAAAUAUGGUCAGCCGAAAUGUGUAGACGUUGAACCACCAGUAUUCAAGCCGGGAACCUGUCCGAGUAUUGUCAUAUCAGGAACGGAUACUGGUUUAAACUCGACUAAAGUGAGCUGGACACAACCAGAGGUCAACGACAAUAGCAAAAAGGCGAGUAGAUAUAUGAAGCAUGGAUAUCCUCCUGGUACUAGGCUUACUGCUGGAAUAUAUUCAGUUCAGUAUGGAGCGAGGGAUGAUGCAGGAAAUAUUGCUAUUAAUGACUGUUCGUUUCAAGUUAUUGUACGAGAAAUCAGAUGUUUCAAACUCUACCCGACACCAUUUGUUCAUAUUGAUUGUCCGCAUGGUUAUCGAACCGGCGCACGUUGUGAUAUCUCGUGCGACCCAGGCAAGAUUUUAAACGGUUCAAAUGAUGUCGGAUGCAACAAGAGUCCCGCUGGUUUGUAUGGUGAGUGGAAUUGGAAAGGCGGCCAGCAGACAGUUUGUAAAAAUGGUAGGGCGUGUGUAACGAUUCCUCCACCUAAAAAUGGUGCGGUUGUAUGCGAUAACUGGGAAGAAGGGCAGUAUUGCCAAGUACAAUGUAAAAAUGGAACGCAAAUGUCAAGCGUUAGUCUAAAGAAAUUAUACGUAUGUAAAGGAAAUGGCGAAUGGUCAGAAAAGACACCAACAGUGAAAACCUGCAGAGCGGUACAUGGUCAUCGUGUGCCACAUUAUAUUGGAAUAGAAGCGUCGUACUAUUUUGAUGGGGACUGUACUGAUCCAGCAACUCAACAAGAAAUAGCAAGCAAUUUUGUUGCAGCUGUUAAAGCCAGUCUGUAUCAAUUAGAAGCAUGCCCGGACUCUAUUGAAUGCAAUUCGCGAAAUGUUCAGAUAAGCUGUGGGGCAACAGGAAGGAAAAAGCGAGACACUCAUUCUAGAAACAUUUUUGUUCUAACUGCAAACUUACCCGUACGAUUACAUGGUAACGAAAGUUUAUAUAAGGCUGAGACACGAUACAGUGAACUUCUUGAGAGCACACAAAAAGUACUUAAUGACAACGAAAAUAAGAUCUUUGGCGGUGCUGCAGUCUCUCAAAAGCAGUUUAUGACUACUGGAUUACAAAUACUGUGCCCGAUAGGAUCUGUCAAGUCGGAACAAAGCUUAGACUGCAUUGAUUGCCCGGAAGGCACAUACUACGUAAGUGGACCUGGUCCUUCCGUAUGUGAGGCUUGUCGGAAAGGUACUUACCAAGACAAAGCGGCCCAACUGAGGUGUAUACGGUGUCCAGUAGGUACUACAACACAUAGUGUUGGAGCUAGUUCCGUAAAGGAAUGCAAAGAGGCAUGCAAGCCAGGGACAUACUCUCGAGAUGGUCUCAAGCCCUGUUCUCCCUGUGAGCAAGGACAGUAUCAGUCAUUUUAUGGACAGACAUUUUGUCGAUCAUGCCAAGGAUCUAAAUCGACUUUGACCUUCGGUGCGAUGUCUGUCUCUAAUUGCGAAGAGUUUGACAUCGAGAUGGUAACUAACGAACAAUCUAACAUACAUAUAACAUUACGGGAAAAUGUAACCAUAAAAGACUUCACAGUCGCGUUUUGGUUUAAACGUUCCGCUAGCAAUUUCAGCAUCGAUGACUUUCCAACUGUCCAGUUUUCUGACAAGGGGAAUGAGGUGCUUUGGGUCUGGGAAGGCCUGAAAAAAGUGAAGCGACACAAUACCAUAGAUACUGAAGUUAACUUCGCAUUUCCGGAUUUGCGCUGGCACUACAUUACAUUGCACAAUAGUCCUUUAUGCAAAAUAGCUGCAAGUGUGGAUGGUAUGCCUUUACCUGUCGAAGAUUACACUGGCGGCUGUAGAGAUAUGACUUUCAACACAUUUUCUAUUCAUGCAGAUACAAACACUAGCGGAAGCAUUUCACAGCUAAAUGUAUGGCGAGGUAAAUAUACCGCUGACAAUCGUCACAGAUGCUUUUCGAGUGAGGUAGGAGAUAUUCUUUCAUGGAAGACAAUGGAGGAGGCUGAAAUCGUAGGGGCAUACAUGCACAUACCUAGCCAGUGUGAUGAUUUCGACAACUGUGUAUCCUCUCCAUGCCUUCACGGUAUGUGCACAGACGCUUUGCAAGGAUUUACAUGCACUUGUGAACAAGGAUAUCUUGGCACGCAGUGUGAUAUAAACAUAGAUGAUUGUGAAACAAAUAUUUGUAUGAACAAUGCAAUAUGUAUAGAUGGAGUUGCUAACUAUUCUUGUCAGUGUCCAGCCGACUACACUGGACAGUAUUGUGAAAUAGAAAUGGUGGAUGGCGGUUGGAGUGAAUGGGGAAACUGGUCCGAAUGUUCUACUACAUGUGGGGAUGGUGAGAAGAAACGAAAGCGGCUAUGUAAUAGUCCAUCACCUGACAAUGGAGGAGAAAUGUGUUCUGGUGACGGGUUUGAUUUUACGACUUGUAAUAACUCUAAUUGUCCAGUGUGCCCUCAAAUAUCUGCUCCUAUGAAUGGGUCCCUUGAAUGUGUAAAUGAUACUGAGUCUAUCAACUGUACAGUUUCAUGUGACGAUGGCUUCGACUUUGACAUAGAGCCUCUACCAUUAUAUUACUGUGGACCUGAUACAUUUCAAGAAUGGAAUUAUCAGACUGAUGAAAACCCUGAGAGGCGGCUACCAAAGUGUGUCGCAAUAAAACUACCGAAAGAGUUGAAGGUCGUAUACUCGGCACAUUACAUGGAUCUGUAUUGUGCAAAUGAAGACUUGGAAGAUCUUGCACGUGAACAAAUAGACAUAACAGUCAACAUAAUGCUAUCAAAUGUUCCAUGUUUACAGAAAAAGAGUUGUUCUUUGAACUAUGUGAAUGUUAUUGAUUGUGACAGCAAAAGUCGUCGCCGACGUUCAGACAAGACAGUCGGGUUUAGUUUACAGAUUAGAAGUAACCCCACUGAAGAUGAUAAAAAUGAGACAUUGGCUGACCUAGAAAAUGCUUUUCAAAAUAUCCAACGUGCAGCUGAUGAUGGUGAGUUUACUGUACAAGUUCUUGACGACGACUAUGAACUGAAUAGUAACAUUACAGAAUUACAUGGAGAAGUCGUCUGUGGACCUGGACAAACGAAAGUCAAAUUUUAUUGCGUACCAUGUGGAAAAGGAUCAUACCUUUAUACAGACUAUUGUAAACCUUGUCCUGUUGGCACUUUUCAAGAAGCAGAGGGUCAUUCCAGCUGUACUGACUGUCCGAAAGGAAAAAGUACAGUUGGAAUACGGUCCACAAGUAUUAGUGAAUGCACCGUGGAUGUUUUAGUGAGUAUUGAAGAAGGUCUUAAAGUGACUGGUAUCGUCGUUGGUUGUGUUUGCGCCCUUGUUGUCAUAGUUACUAUCAUGUUUGUAUACAGAAGAUACAAAUCAAAGCAAGCUAAACAACGAUUUGAUCCGACCUCGCUUGAUAAGCAAACGACUAUGCUUGAACUGGCACAAAGAAAAUCUGGAAAGGACGAAAAUUUACCGUAAAGCACUAGUAGAUCAAGCACGUUCGUAGCUGAAGAUGGGAGGGUUGUUCACAGUAAACCUUGGAAAUAAGCAGUGAUUGUUGCGUUUCUUCAAUCAAAACAUUUUAAGUGUUGUAACUGUAUUGAUUAAAAUUUAUUCCCAUACAGUGUUUUCAUUUUUAAAGUCUCAUUUAUAUUGUUAUUAUAAUUAAGAAAAAAUGAUAUAAAGCAGAACCAUGUUUAAACAUAUCAGAAUAAUGCUACAAUGUUAUACGCCAACGGAAUAAUUUCAAGAGGACGUUUUCAUUAUUUUCUACAUAUUUUCUUUGGAUUAUUUCUCAUUAAAUUGUAAUUGAUGCCUUUGUUAUCGAAUUAUUCUCUUUUUGCUAAUUUAGUUGUGUUUAAUUAAUUAGGCUAUUCUGUCACAACAUAUUUUUGUUUUCCAUCUUCAUUUUCCCCUUUUUCACGAAGCGUACUCGUCUUGCAGAGUUCACACACUUUAUAUGAUUUGUUGUUAUGUUCCCUCUUGUGUCAUUUCUGUUAUUAAAAUUUUUACUUUCAUUUUGACAAAA